CCUGUCGCUGGGGGAUGCGUCUCCUCUGUGUGCGCUGGAGCUGUGCUGACGCUGCUGCAUAAAAUUAGCUGGCUGCAGCCUUUCAGGGACACCUCUUGCGGACCGCCGGAGCCCACAGUGCAAUAAUUAUGGCAGCAGAGCUUUCCACUUCCAUAAACAUCAAGGAGCCCCGGUGGGACCAAACCACAUUUGUAGGUCGGGCUAAACAUUUCUUCACUGUCACAGACCCCAGGAACAUCCUCCUCACCGACGAACAACUAGCACAUGCACACAAAGUCGUCACUGACUACAGGAAAGGCCUAGUCUCUCCAGGACUGACAGAAGAUGAACUGUGGAGAGCAAAGUAUGUUUUUGAUUCGGCUUUCCACCCUGAUACUGGGGAGAAGAUGAUUCUGAUUGGCCGCAUGUCUGCACAAGUUCCAAUGAACAUGACGAUCACUGGAUGCAUGAUGACAUUUUACAAGACAACUCCAGCUGUGCUGCUGUGGCAGUGGAUCAAUCAGUCUUUUAAUGCAAUAGUCAAUUACACCAACAGGAGCGGUGACGCUCCAAUCACAGUCAGUCAGCUCGGCACAGCUUAUGUGUCUGCCACCACAGGGGCAGUUGCCACCGCUCUAGGACUAAAUGCACUAACAAAGCACAUCUCACCCCUGAUUGGACGGUUUGUUCCAUUUGCUGCUGUAGCUGCCGCUAACUGUAUCAACAUCCCACUGAUGAGACAAAGAGAACUUCAACACGGUAUUCCUAUAACGGAUGAGAAUGACAACAGGUUAGGAGAGUCGACGAAAGCUGCACAGCAGGCAAUCUCUCAAGUUGUGGUGUCCAGAAUCCUCAUGGCUUCCCCAGGAAUGGCAAUCCCGCCGUUUUUAAUGAAUCAUCUGGAAAAGAAGGCCUUUCUGAGGAAGUUCCCAUGGAUGAGUGCACCUAUUCAAGUCAGCCUGGUGGGAUUCUGCCUGGUGUUUGCCACUCCACUGUGCUGUGCAUUGUUCCCUCAGAAGAGCUCUAUGCCAGUCAGCCGCCUGGAGCCGGAGCUGCAGGAGAAAAUCCGGGCCAGCCACCCCGGAGUGGAGAGGGUCUACUUCAACAAAGGGCUAUGAGUGUGCAGGCCCCCCCCCCCCAUCCAAACACUGCCAUAACACAGCUGCAGACUCAGUCCUCGCCUCUCUGCCAGCCCGCUUCAUUCAGUGUGCCAAAGUUAAGUUUGUGACUCCUCAUGUCCACCAUUCAGAUGGAUAUCUGAGGACUCCCCCUCUCACUCAGUCUCUUUGUAAACAAGAUGUUUGCUUUUGUCAAUGUGAUUGUUGAAAUUUAUUGUAACUGCUGGAGAAGAUUUUAUCCGACCGGGCCAGAUGAAAAGUACAAUGUGUAUCCCGACAGAUACUGUGUAGUGGCCAGCGUAAGGUUGUUUUAAAGUGGGCAUUUCUUUCUCUGCAGUAUUUUUAAGUUGGUGACUUGUCGCCGGCAAACCAUUUCAAACUCUCCUACCUGAGGUUGGCAGUCAUCCUUUUUCAUACCUGCAUUAUAAUCAGAUUUUAACGUUGAUUAUACAAAGACCUCUACAGUUCAUGCAUUUGCCAAAUCUGUCCACAAUGGGUUUUUUGUUGUUUUUUUAGACCUCAUCAACGAUUACAGCCUUGUACUUUUUACAGUGUAAUUUCAAAGAAUGGAAUUCACUUUAACUUUUUAAUUUAGUUCAUUUAGCCAAAUGAGUGACAUUGAGUGAGCCUUGAGGCCUCUUGACAUUCAAUCACAAAUCUGAAAUCUCUCCAGGGAUCCAACCUGUAAAAUAUGAUGCUAUGAUGGUGGCAACCCUUGAUGGGCCAAAACGGUGCUAUUUAAUGUCUUAAUAAUCAGUGUUUAGCAUUCUAUUUAUUCUGCUUGCCAAACAUGCAUGAACAAACCUCUCCUCAUGAGAUUUAACUUCUGUAAAAAAAUAAUUCUUUUUUAUAUCUACACAAACCCAGGCCACACUCAGGAGAGCUAACGGUGGUGACAAAAUGCGUCAUUAAUACAAUUUUAGCGUAACACACUGGUUCUCACUUAUUUAAUCCAUAAUCCUCAACAGUUAAUCCAGGAUUUUGUGAUCAUAGUAUUUGAUACCACCAAUAUUCAACAAGUCAUUCAUACCGUACACAGUAUGGUAUUUACUUCCUGUACCUUAAUGCAGCAUCCUAAGAUUAUUACCACACAACGUGACACAUUUUAAAUGUGUCACCUUUAUCAUAGUUAUAUAAACAUGUUAGGUAUGGAUGUCGGUACUGGGGGGGGGAAAUAUGCCAAAAGCACUCUCAAGAUAGUAUUUUUCAAGACAAAGAUGAAGUACAGAGGGAUCCAUCUAAGCAAUGUUUUAAAUAUGGCUGCACUUGUGAACUCAAACUAGUACUUUUAAACCCGGCCUGGUGAGUUUGAAUCAUUUCACUAUUUUAUUAUAUGUUGCUGUUAAAGUAACAUAUAUGCACACCUUAGUUAUUUCAUACAGUUUCAUCAACACAUGCUAUCGCAGAGACAGAGCAGGUGCGGUUGUGUACCUGUCCUGCACUCGUCAGUAUUCAGAUGAAAAAGCCCCACCUGGUAUGUUUGGACACAGUGGGUGUAAACUGGCGGGUGCGGGCCUGCUACUGUUUAAAGUCAAAGGCAUUUGUCUGCCACAUUCAAAGACACUGUAUUUUACAAUUCUGUGAAACGUUACAGCAGCAAGCUAGAUGUAUCAAACAUUUUUAAAAUCAGCAAUCCGAGUGAAAAAGAUGGACUGGAAGCCACCAAACCAACAAGUGGUAUUUUGCAAAACUAUACUAAUUUUGAAACCUUAACAAAAUUAUCAUAGGGCCCAGUGUGUUCAAAUCUAAAUCAAAAUGUUUUCAAUUUUAAUUACAUCAAACGGUUGUGAACAAUUUUAUUGCAUCUUCUGCUUAUUUGUCAUUUCUGUUAAAUGUUUAAUAUAUUGUAAAUCUACUUACAUAAAAGUUCCUUUACUUUAGUGUUUCCAGAGAUGGAUUGGAGUCGGAGCUGUACGCUAGCAGGUUUGAAGUAAAGUUUGUUAUUCAAGUGUUAAGGUAACUGAAUGUAGCAUUUUAUAGCUGUUUAUGGUGUGUUAGUCCAGAAAAGCACAAUAUUGUGACAGAUUCCAAAUGCUGCAAAUUUUAAAAACAACUUGUUCAGUUUCUUGACCCCAAUGCUUCCCAGUACAUCCUCGAUCAGUAAGGGAGAAAAAUAAAUAUAUUAAAAAUAAAUUAAAAAUACUAAACUUGCCCUUUGGUAGACAUUUCUAAACCUCCAACUGCAUCUCAUGAGACCCAAUCCCCCUUUAAUAUGUUAAAUAUUAAAUUAACUACCUGAUACAUAACAAACUGAGAUCUACCAAAUGAAAUUAAAUGUCACCACAGCCAAAGCGAUUCUCUCAAUCGACUCAAGAGAAAGAAGUCAUUUACAGUUUGCAUUAUUUGAAAUGAAUAUUAAAAAAAAAGUAUUUGUUUUGCAGUUCACUGGGUGAUGUGAUGUUUAGACGGAUGAAAUAAAGUUGAUUAAAUCUUGUAUUUGGUGUUUGUUGAUGUUUAGCUGGUGGCUCCACAGUGCCCUCGUCUGGUUUAAACUGGGCACAGCCGAGUGACGGUACAAAAGCAUUUUAUUCCAAGGCACAUCAUUUUCAGAAGAUCUAUGAUAAGACGGCCAACACGGACUCGCAAAAUUUGACUGCACACAGAUCUGAAGCCCUACGGACAUCUUUACAAAGCAAAGGACAGACAACAGACUGGCAUAAUUGCACUCUGCAGGCCAGGACAUCUAGAGAACCGGCAGGACAAACUGAUUGCUAAUGUCAACUAAAAGAAAUACUAGUUGGACUGUAAUGUUUGUCCUCUGAUUUGACAGAGCAGAUAUCGCAGAAAAUCUUUGUAAUACUUUUACAAGAGUAAAAAUAAAGCAAUGAUAGUAGCUGUCUACGAUUGAAAGGUGUCAAAUGUUACAACUUGUACAAUGUGAUUUAUAGGAAACAAUCUACUUAAUUCCUCAUCAUUGGUCUUUCUGUAACUUGUUUGGAACUGCUGAGUCACAGCUGUGUUUAAACUGCUGAUCCUGCCGUGUUUCCUGCUCCCCUGGGUUUAAAGAUGUUUAAACACGUGAUUGAUCACGUGCAACAGUGUGACUCACAU